AAAUCGUUGCCGUCAAUCAGUCUCUUGCACGUUUUGGUGGAGCUAUGAAACCAGGAGCAUACCUUGUGGAUGCUUAUUCAAUCUUGCGCUUCGUCCCAGGAUACCUGAGUCAGCUGGUGGACGCGGUGCGAAGACAGAUACGUUCGCGCGGAAGUCCAAGUCACUUCCGCACACCUAACGGAGUCUGGCACUAACCCAAAGCUUCAACGUUGGCUGCGAAUGCAUGGACUCCGUCCCGCAUCUUUCGCAUUAUGUUUGAUGCACGAAUGCAAACCCUUGUUUUACUGAUUCAUUGUGCCCCAGUACCGCACGUGUCUUCAGCUUCCUGCCUCAAACCGCUGGUGACCAACGUACUCCAGCAAACAAGUCUCCGUGCGCCUGCAACCACAGUGAAAUUGGCCCUGCCAGGUCACACGGUCACCUAUCCUAUCACUAGACUCUAUUUCCUCGCCCCCGACUGUCUAUUCGGUGCGUCGAUCGAGCUGUGAUUCGCGAUUUGCUGUUAGAGACCGUUUGUUUGUAAGGAUGGACCUGCACGGGAACAA